AUUUAAUUACUGUUUUGUCUUCUUAAAGACACAUCUAUUCUUCUUCGUCUUCUUUCACCCAUCGUCUUCUCUCUCUCUCUCUCAAGCAGAGUUUUUGACUCAUUAAAAUGAACGAGUCGUAUUUAGAAUCGACGAAGACGGCAGUCAAAUUCAACCUUUAUCGAUGAAAAGGUCUAUCUUUUCCACCGUGGCGUAUCCCGUCACCGUCGCCGUUAUCUCAAUCGUCGUCUUCUUCCUCCCGAUUCCCGCCGCCGCUUUAGGCUCAGGCUCAACUUACGCCGUCGUGUACGGCUCCGACACCGUCUGCGCCUUAAUCUCCGGCCAACCCACGCAGCGUAUCCUCUGCUACAACACCCGCCUCCGUACCAACCUCACUCUCAACCCCGGCGUCUCCUUCUCCUCGAUCGCCGCCGGUGAGAAUUUCCUCUGCGGCGUACGCUCCGGCGGUUACAGCCUCCUCUGCUGGGACGACAUCGGAAGCUACACUCUGAAACCGAAGCGAAUCUACUACAACGACAACGUUUUGCUCGAGAGUCUCUCCGUCGGCGAUGGUCAAAUCUGCGCCACCGUUAACGGCACAAACGCCGUGAAAUGCUGGAGAAACGAUCCGUCAACGCCUCCGAACGAGGGAUUAAAAUCAAUUUCCUCCGGCGUUGGGUUCUCAUGCGGCGUCUCCGUUCGAAAUAACCGAGUCCUCUGCUGGGGAAAAGAUCCGGUUAAAUCCGGUCAGAUCCAAACCGGAUUCGGAAACCAAACGAUGGUUAGCAUAUCAGCCGGGGAGUCGCACGCUUGCGGGUUAAACUCCACGGGGAGUUUGAUCUGCAUCGGAAGAAACGAAUCGGGUCAGCUCAAUGCUCCAUCGGGUCAACCUUAUCUCUACUCGGAUCUCUCUCUCGGGUCGAACUUCACUUGCGCGACGCGAAGCUCGAACAGCUCUGUGACUUGCUGGGGAGGAGGAGCGGAGAGGUUCAACAAUGUAACCGAAAAGAUCUCAUUCGAGUCAGUUACAUCCGGGUCGGGUCUAAUCUGCGGGUUGAUAUCCGGUAACCUCUCGGUCAUGUGUUGGAGCCCUAAUAACUUCUCAAGAAUCUUCCUUCCUUUCCCAGAUAUCUUACCAGGUCCUUGCGUUGAAUCAUCUAUUUGCAAAUGUGGUGUGUAUCCACGAUCUGAUCAGCUAUGCUCCGGCUCGGGUUCGAUCUGCAGCAAAUGCAAAAUCUCACCUCCUCCACAACCACCAUCACCACCACCACCACCACCGUCAGAUUCAUCUCCAUCUCCAUCUCCGCCGCCGUCGAAGGCGUUAACGAGAGGAUUACUAGCGUUUGCGAUCGUUGGAUCAGUAGGAGCGUUUGCAGGGAUAUGCAGUGUGGUGUACUGUUUGUGGACCGGAGCUUUCUUGGGGAAGAAGAAAGUUCAUAACUCGGUUCAACCGACGAUAACCCGCGGCGGUUCGAGUACCCGGUCAAGCAGCUCGCCGCCUUCUCGGUCCUUGACGAUAAGACGUCAAGGAUCGAGAAUAUUUUCGAUGAGAAGACAAAGAAGCGGUACAUCGUCAAUGAAACACGCGGAUAAAGCCGAAGAGUUCUCCUUCUCCGAGCUCGCUUCUGCCACCGGAAACUUCUCCUUAGAGAACAAGAUCGGCUCCGGGAGCUUCGGUGUUGUCUACAGAGGCAAACUCAGCGACGGGAGAGAAGUCGCGAUAAAACGCGGCGAAGUAAACGCGAAACUGAAGAAGUUUCAGGAGAAAGAAACCGCGUUUGACUCGGAAAUCGCGUUUCUAUCGAGGCUUCACCACAAGCACUUGGUGAGGCUCGUUGGCUACUGCGAGGAACGAGAGGAGAAGCUUCUGGUUUACGACUACAUGAAGAACGGUGCGCUUUACGACCAUCUCCACGACAAGAACAACGUGGAGAAACACAGCAGUUUGGUCAACUCGUGGAAAAUGCGGAUCAAAAUCGCGUUGGACGCGGCUAGAGGGAUCGAGUAUCUACACAACUACGCCGUGCCGCCGAUUAUUCAUAGAGAUAUCAAGUCAUCGAACAUCUUGCUCGACUCUAAUUGGGUCGCUAGGGUUUCCGAUUUCGGGUUGUCGUUAAUGGGUCCGGAGCUAGGGAAAGAUCACCAGCACCCUCCCAUGAAAGCUGCUGGAACGGUCGGGUACAUUGAUCCGGAAUAUUACAGUCUCAAUGUUUUAACCGACAAGAGUGAUGUCUACGGGUUAGGAGUUGUGUUGUUGGAACUGUUGACCGGUAAAAGAGCGAUUUUUAGGAACGGUGGGGAUGUGGAAGAAGGGUGUGUCCCGGUGCAUUUGGUGGAAUACUCUGUUUCGGCGAUUACUAUGGGUGAGCUGGGUCGGGUUUUGGAUCCUAGAGUUGGAUCGCCGGAGGUAGGGGAAGGAGAUGCGGUGGAGCUGGUGGCUUAUACGGCGAUGCAUUGUGUGAAUGCGGAAGGGAGGAAUCGGCCGACAAUGACUGAUAUUGUCGGAAAUUUGGAGAGAGCAUUGGAGUUGUGUGGAGAUAGUCAUGGGAGCAUCUCUAGUGGCAUUUGCUCUAUUGCCUCCGAAAUUGAAAGAGAUUAAACUAUUUUUACAUAGAUGAUUUUUUUUUACCUGAGGAUUUUAUUUAUUUUUAUAGUUUUUUUUGGCUUUUCUUGGAUAAUUGUUUUUGUAAUUAAUCAUUAGUGGUAGUUGCUUAGGAGAAUUUGAAUAUUCAAUAUUCGUGGUCUAACCUUUUGGUUGGGAAAUGUAUAAUCUGGACAG